GGUAACCUUGGUUCCCUUAUCCCUGGUUAGGACAGCUUAUUCUCGGUUUUCAGUUUUUCUUUGAACUGGAUACAGCCAAACCCGAUACGGGCCGGUUCAGACCCAAAAAUUGCUUGUUUCGACCGGUACAAUCUGUUUUCAACCGGUAUAGAUCCAAGAUUUGGUUUUUAAGCUGGGUUUCUAUUUUUCCAGCUUGUAUUUGUUCAGUUUUCAUCCAUAUUUUCAUAUUUUUCUCCAUGGCAGCGAAGUUUGAGUCACUAUCUAUUGCACCAAAUGUUAAUAUGCCUAUGACUACAGUGAAGUUGAAUGGAAAAAACUAUAUAUUGUGCUCAAAAUCUGUUCAAAUGUUUUUGAAAGGCAAGCUUCUUGGUCGUACCCACUUGGUUGAUCCAAUGCUUGACUCGACUAGUUCUACAUUUGCUCAAUGGGAGCAAGAAGAUGCUCAAAUUUGCUCCUUGAUGUUGGCUAGUAUUGAGCCUAAUAUUUGUGCUAGUUUAGAGGCAUCUCAAACAAAUGUACUUGGGUGCUGGAAACACAACUCGUAUUUAUGAGUUGUGUCAAAAUUUUUUGGGUUGGAACAAUGUAGUUUGGAUCUGGAAGAGUAUUAUUCUCAAGUAAUGAGCAUAUGUGAAAAACUUAAAAUUUAUUAACCUAUCACUUCUGAUGUUUCAACUAUACUAAAACAUCAUGAAGAGUUCAAUGUUGUUUGGUUUCUUGUUGGCCUAAAACCUAAGUAUGAGUCGGUGCGCUCUCAAAUUUUGGCAAGCCCACAACUUCUCUCAUUUCUUGAUGUGUUCUCCUGACUUCAGUGAGCCACAUUAUCUGGAUAGGGACCUCAGUUGUUUUCUAAUCAAAAUAAUGAGAAAUCUGCUUUAGUUGCCUCCUAUGCUGCUCAUAGUGGGCGUGGAGGCCGGAGUGGUAGAGGUGCACAUGGGGCACGUGAUGCCAGAGGUGACUGCACUCGAGGUCGUGAAUCUUGUAAGUACAACCAUUGUGGUAGCACUAAUCACUCGGUGGACUAUUGUUGGGAUCUACAUGGUAGACCAUCUGGGUCCGCUAAGCAAGCCAUUUGCCAAGAUGUUACAUCACAUGCAACGAGUUCCAACUUGACUCCAAAGAUGAUUAGCAUAUCGAAGGAUGAUUAUGACUAGUUUUUAGUCAAACAGACAGCUUCAUCUUUUAGAGCUACUCCAACCCAACCAGGAUCUCAAGACGGGGAAGAAGAUCGGUAUGGGUGGUUUUGGGUCGAAUAACUUCUCUGGUUCUUUGCCAUCUGAGCUUGGGAAUUUAGUGAAAUUAGAACAAAUCUACUUUGAUAGCUCUGGAGUUAGCGGUGAGAUUCCCUCCACAUUUGCUAAAUUGCAGAACCUCCAGAAAGUUUGGGCAUCAGACAAUGAACUCACCGGCAGCAUACCUGAUUUCAUAGCAACUUGGUCAAAGCUUAUUUCCUUGAGGCUUCAAGGUAACUCUUUCGAAGGUCCAAUACCCUCAACAUUUUCCAAUCUGACUUCUCUUCAAGAGCUGUUAAUAAGUGAUCUGUCUAAUGGGAGUUCUUCACUAGCAUUUAUAAAGGAUAUGAAGUCUCUAACUCUCUUAGUGCUGAGGAAUAAUAACAUUUCCGAUUCAAUUCCAUCCAAUAUAGGAGACUACCAAAAUUUGACACAGCUGGAUUUGAGCUUCAACAACAUAGCAGGGCAGAUUCCAGAUUCGCUUUUCAAUCUGAGUUCGCUUGCUAACUUGUUUCUUGGAAAUAAUCUGUUAAAUGGCACCCUGCCAGCACAAAAGAGAGUGUCUCUUCUUAACAUUGAUCUGUCUUAUAAUAAUUUAGUUGGAAGCUUUCCUUCUUGGGUCAGCCAAGAAAAUUUACAGCUUAAUUUAGUUGCCAACAACUUCACGAUUGAAAGUUCAAACAGCAGUGCUUUGCCUUCAGGUCUGAAAUGUCUCCAACGAAGCUUUCCUUGCAAUCGAGGCCUUGGAAGAUACUCUGACUUUGGAAUCAAGUGUGGGGGUCCUCAGAUUACAUCUUCAAGUGGGAUCACCUUUGAGAGGGAUAAUGAAACACUUGGUCCAGCAACAUAUUAUGUGACUGACACAAAUAGGUGGGCAGUUAGCAAUGUUGGAUAUUUUACUGGGAUCAAUAAUCCUCAGUAUACAAGGAGUUCGUCAUCUCAAUUCACAGGCACAUUAGACUCGGAGCUGUUCCAGACAACUCGUGUCUCUGCUUCAUCAUUAAGAUACUAUGGCUUGGGGCUGCAGAACGGGAACUACACUGUGAGUCUCCAGUUUGCUGAAAUAGAAAUUCAAAACCCUCCUACGUGGAAAAGUCUUGGAAAGCGUGUGUUUGAUAUUUAUAUCCAGGGGAAUCGUUAUCUUAAGGAUUUUGACAUACGCAAGGAGGCUGGUGGGUCUAACCAACCUGUCCGGAAGGAAUACACAGUUCAGGUAUCAGAAAACUACCUUGAAAUCCAUCUGUUUUGGGCUGGGAAAGGGACUUGCUGCAUACCUGCUCAAGGUACUUAUGGACCUUCAAUUUCUGCCAUAAGUGCCACCCCAGAUUUUGAACCCACUGUUAGUAAUGAACCUCCGAGCAACAAGAAGAAUAGGACUGGUCUGAUCGUGGGUAUUGUUGUUGGUGCUGGAGUUUUAAGCUUUCUCUCUGUUUUCGUGGUUUUCUAUUUUGUUAAAAGAAGAAAACAGCUUCCACUCAAUGAUGAUGAAGAGCUCUUAGGAAUAGAUGCCAGACCUUUCACUUUCAGCUAUGCUGAACUAAAGACAGCUACAGAAGAUUUUAAUCCUGCUAAUAAGCUUGGAGAGGGAGGAUUUGGACCUGUCUAUAAGGGAACACUUAGUGAUGGCAGAGUAAUUGCCGUGAAACAACUGUCCGUAGCAUCACAUCAAGGAAAGAGCCAGUUCAUAACAGAAAUUGCUACUAUAUCUGCUGUGCAACACCGUAACCUUGUGAAACUGUACGGAUGUUGCAUUGAGGGAGAUAAACGGCUCCUUGUUUAUGAGUUUCUGGAGAAUAGAAGUCUUGAUCAGGCAUUAUUUGGAAAGAGAAGUUUGAAUCUCAACUGGUCAACACGCCAUGAUGUAUGCUUGGGUGUUGCAAGAGGUUUAGCAUAUCUACACGAGGAGUCACAGGUUCGAAUUAUACACAGAGAUGUGAAGGCCAGUAAUAUCCUGCUUGACUCUCAGCUCAUCCCCAAAAUAUCAGACUUUGGCUUGGCCAAGCUUUAUGAUGAUAAAAAGACCCACAUAAGCACGCGUGUUGCAGGGACUAUUGGGUAUCUUGCCCCAGAGUAUGCCAUGCGUGGGCACCUUACAGAGAAGGCUGAUGUGUUUGCCUUUGGUGUUGUUGCUUUGGAGGUUGUUAGCGGAAGGACAAAUUCUGACUCAAGCUUGGAAGAACAAAAGAUGUAUCUACUUGAAUGGGCUUGGCACCUACAUGAAAACAACUGUGAAGUUGAUCUUGUGGACUCUACAUUAUUAGAAUACAAUGAAGAAGAAGUAAAGCGCUUGAUAGGAAUAUCCCUUUUGUGCACUCAAGCAUCCCCAGCAUUACGACCAACAAUGUCACGUGUGGUGGCAAUGCUUUCAGGAGAUACUGAGGUGAGCUCUGUAACUUCAAGGCCUGGAUAUUUGACCGACUGGAAAUUUGAUGACAUUACCAGCGCAAUGAGUGACAUUGCAACUAAAGGAAAUGAUACAAGCUAUUUCAACUCAUCAGCAAGUACAAGUAUGGUGGGUGCUGCAGAGAAUUCCCCUGUAAAAGUUACUAAACCCACGCUCCCUGACACUAUUAACGAGGGUAGGUGAAACUGGUCUUUGUUCAUAUUCUUGUGCCUUUUAUGCCUCUGGGUGAUAAAAGGAAUAAUAUGCAAUUAUGUGUAUGUAAAUCUACUUUAUUGUAAAACAAAUUUUCUUUCUCACUUUUUCUUCGAUGUUUGGCACCUUUCUUACAUGUUAGGACAGGGGCAUGGUAUUAUUUAAGAACAAUAAUAAAAUAUAGAGAUUUACUUUUAA